CCAAAGACACUUGCUCUCUGACCAGACCCCAUAGGUGUAAGCCAUCAGGUUUCACUACCCAUGCAAGCUGAAAGCUGGCUCAAAAAGAAACAAAGACACCAAACCCAUAUGUGGCAACCCACAACCUCCCUCUCUCUCCUAUAAAAACCCACACUCUCCAUUCCCCACUUCACAAACCAAAAACUUACAAUUAACCACUUCAUAUAUAGCAAUGGCUAAGCUUUCCAUGCUCUCAGUUUUCCUCUGUUUUCUCGUUCUGUUCCAUUGCUCUGUUGCCUACGGGCAGCAAGGAAGCCGCUGGGGUCGAAGAAGCCCGUUUGGGGAGCAAGGGCAGCGCGGGCAGAGGCGGCAAGGCGAUUGCCAGCUCAACAACCUGAAUGCCCAGGAACCACAGCACCGGCUCCACGCCGAAGCUGGGGUGACCGAGUUCUGGGACUUCGACGAUGAUCAGUUCCGGUGCGCCGGUGUCGCCGCCUGCAGGAAUAUCAUCCAGCCCAGAGGCCUUUUCUUGCCCGCCUACACCAAUGCCCCUACCCUCAUCUACAUUCUCCAAGGCAGGGGAAUUCAAGGGGUGAUGAUGUCUGGCUGUCCCGAGACCUACCAAUCAUCGCAGCAACAAUCUGAAGGAGGCGGACGACGGGAAGGAGGAGGCCAGAGAUUCCGCGACCAGCAUCAGAAGAUCCGCCGCUUCCGAGAGGGCGACGUUAUCGCAUUGCCUGCCGGAGUGGCACACUGGUGCUAUAACGACGGCGACAGCGAGCUUGUCGCUGUCAUAAUGGAAGACACCGGCAACCACCAAAACCAGCUCGACAACAACCCCAGGAAAUUCUUCCUUGCCGGAAACCCACAACAACAAGGACAGCAGCAGCAGCAGCAAAGAGAAACGUUCCGCCGCCGGGGGGAACGUCAGGAACGGAACUUCGGAAACGUUUUCAGCGGCUUCGAUACCGAGGUCUUGGCAGAGGCUUUCGGAGUGGACAGGGAGACCGCGAGGAAGCUUCAGGGGCAAGAUGACAACAGGGGCCACAUCAUCAGGGUGGAAGGAGAUCUUCAGGUGUUGAGGCCAUCAAGGAGCAGGGAGGAACAAGAGGAGGAGGAGAGAGGGCGCGAAUACGGCCGCCGCGCCAAUGGCUUGGAAGAGACCAUUUGCAGUGCUAGACUGGUCGAGAACAUCAACGAUCCAUCGCGCGCCGAUUUCUUCAACCCAAGAGCCGGGCGUCUCACUACCUUGAACAACUUCAAUCUCCCUAUUCUUAACUUCCUCCGACUCAGUGCUGAGAAAGGAGUUCUCUAUAGGGAUGCUUUCAUGCCACCACACUACAAGCUAAACGCCCACUGCGUGCUCUACGCAACGAGGGGAGAGGCCCAGAUGCAGAUCGUAGACAACAGGGGACAAUCAGUGUUCAACGACAGGAUCCGGGAGGGACAGAUGGUGGUGGUGCCGCAGAACUUCGUGGUGUCAAAACAGGCCGGAAACGAGGGGUUCGAGUGGGUGGCCAUGAAGACCCACGAGAACGCCAUGUUCAGCACUCUCGCCGGUCGCACUUCAGCCCUGCGUGCCAUGCCGGUGGAUGUUGUGGCCAACGCGUACCAGAUUUCUCGGGACGAGGCGAUGAGGCUGAAGAUGAACAGGGAGGAGACUAUCUUGAUGGAACCAAGGCAGGCUGGGAGGAUCCGUAGUGUUGCCUAAGUAGUAUGUGGCCGUGGGGGGAUGAGCUAAAUUUUAG